AUGACUUUUGAAACCCUGCUGAAGGCGCUACUUUUCGCGAAGCAGUGGGGAUUCCGCGCGAUGGCACUAGACUUGACACAGCGUGUGAACAACCUCAUGCCUGGGUCGUUUCAAAGGAUCGCAUACGGGAAGCUUCACCGAGUGAUGCCCUGGUUUCGCUCUGGACUCGAGGAUUUGGUUGGAAGCGAGGAAGAUAUCAGCGUUGAAGAUGCCAAUAGAAUUGGGUUCGUACUAGCCUUAAAAAUCUAUCACGCAAGGUCUAGGGUCCGAUCGCUGUUGGCCGACGCCACUAGUAGUGCCAGCGACCAAAAGUCCACGGUCGUCACCGGAGUGGUUGAGGAGAUGUUCACGGACAAGUUAGAUCCGUGGAAGUUCCCGGUUUGUUACAUCGAACCCGAUCUGGCAGAAGAACAGGUCAGCCCGAUUGGGCGUCCUUCAUCGUACAAUGAGCCGACAGGGGAAGGAGCUGUUUCGCAAUCAGGGGGCGAGAACCUAUCUGAUAUAUCCCUUGCGGAUCUUGGGUACCCGGAUGAGGACAACAUUGGCUCGAGUGAAAACUUUGAAUCCGUAGCGGACGAUGUUUUGGAAGCCACCGUGACAGAGGAAAAAAGGACGGUCCGAGAACUCGUCACCGCAAUCCUAAAUGGAACGACGACUACCAGCCCACAUCUCUUAUCUGUCGUUCCCAAGGUAUGCGCCGACACGAAGAAGAAUACGACAUGCGGGGAUCGUGCAAGGUGUCGAAAAUGCUGUAUCAAGAAAUUGAAGGUUUAUCAACCACUUCCUGGAACACUGAAGGCCAAAACACCGCUGGGACAGGUUCUUCUCGAUCAACUCGGGGAGAUCGCCAACGGACAUCCUAUUUGUCUAGGGAUUGUCCUAAAUAACGUGGAGAAGAGCUGCAAAAAGGUUGAGACGACCUGCGGUCCGUCGAGGAGAUGCUCGAAAUGCUGCAAGAAGGCAGCAAAGAUAUUACUUGUAAAGGGUGAAAUCGUAUGA